GCACAGCGACAGCUCUUCAUUGAGUUGAAACCAAUGCGACAACUGUUCCUCUCUGAUGGGGAAAGAGGAGGAUCAGAGCUGAGGACUUCACUCUCACUCCUGCACACACAGCGUGCACACAUGCCUCAGAAGCGCUCAGAUCUCACAAGAUUUUUCUGCCGGUUUAAGACUUUUAAUUUGUCUUGUUAUUCUUGGAGGGAGUAGAACACCUCAGGGCUGAUUCAGUUCCUCUGUACUUCAGGGUGGAGGUAAAGAAAAGGCAGUGUGGGUGUGUGUGUGUGAGAGUCUGUUUCAGCUGAGGAUAUUACCUCAUAGAGGAUAAGCUGUGAUUCAAGAGGUCUGACAGAGGUCUCUCCCUCUGACUCCAUUACUCCUGUCUUCUUAUCUGGGCAGGUUUUCUGUUCGGGAAGUUUUGACAGCCAGGCUUUACAGCAAGAGAGAGAGAGACAGAGAGAGAGAGAGAAAGUUGAGAGGUGGUGACUUCAUCCCUUCUCCUAACCAACCCUCUUCUCUCCCCCUCCUUUUCUGAGCUCUUUUUUUUUCAACUUUUUUUUUGUGCUGCUAAGUCAGGCAGCAUGCCAGUAGUCUUCCUCGUGCUGCGGUCCCUGCUUAUCAGGCUCUUCAGUAGCAAACUGGCAGGCUCAGCGGCACAGUUCCUCAGGAGAAUCCUCUCUACGGGAGCUGCCCACCUUGGCACGGCACUGCGCCACAUCUGGGACCGCAUUCGAUCCCAGGAGUCCAAGGAAGCCGUCCUGGGCUGCGUGCUGUGCAUUCUCAACAUGCACAAGAAGGUGGAGAACUGAGCUCUGCCUCCACUCG